AUGCCACAAUUAGAUCCUACGUCGUAUUUUUCUCAGUUUUUUUGGUUAUGUGCAACAUUUGGUACAUUUUAUCUUGUACUGACCAAGUAUAUUCUCCCACAAAUUGCGAAAGUGCUUUUUGUCAGACAUCAAAAAGCUGAACAAGCACAAAUCACCCAAGAAAGUCCUUUACAACAAGAAACUUUACAUGUACAACACACAACAGGACAACAUAUGACAGAUGCGUGUAGCAAAGCAAAACAAGCUGUACAGAAUGCAAUGCAAAAGUCACAAGAAUGGAUGAAAGAACAAACUGCACAAGUACAACAAAAGCAAUUAAAUAGCUUACAAACACAGUAUACAAGUCAAAUGAAACAAAAUGCAUAUACAUAUGCACACGUUUCACAAGCCUUAAAACAUACUCUACCACCAAGUGCACAAGCAGCUACACAAUUUCUACAUCCAAAAAAUACACCGAAAAUGCGUGUAUUUGAUAAAACAGUAGUACAUACACUAUUCACAAAAUAA